AUGGGCAGCCUUGCAGUUGGGCGGGAGUCUCAGGGCGCUAUUUCCGCGGCCGCCUUCGUGGUGCCAGAUGGCCAGCAAGAUGUGCUACACGUGCCUGCGAAUGGCAUUGGUGCCCUUGACGCCCUGCUGGACCUCGAUGACAUGUCUGUCGACCGCAGCUUCUUCAUGCCCCUGUCUCUCCUGGAGCCAGAGGAUGGUCCGGCACGGUGUCCGCCAGGGGAUCCGACCCCGUUCGCUGGGGCAGCGACACCGACUCCGCCAGAUCAUCAUGCUCGCCAGCGCCUAGAACAGCUAGACGAUGAGCCCCUUGUUGAACCAUGGGCGUACGUUCCUCAGACACCUUUGUCGAUAGACAGCAGGAGCCCGCGAGAUUUUGCCUUCCACCUUCCCUUCAGGUUUCUCCCCAAUACAAAGCAAGAUCAAAACACCAACAUCGGCACUUUCCUCGACGACUAUUCAUAUCCUCAUAGCGGCAGUAGCGAGCGCCAUCUACCCAACCUGGGCCUAGACGAGUUCGGUCCAUUUCACCUUGGCGUCGAUCUUCCAAGGAGUCCUGUCUACCGCUCAUUCUACUUGUCUCCCUCAGCUUCGACAACAAGUCUCGCCUCCGAACCUUGCACAUAUCACCAUUAUUUCGAUAAUUCCGGCAGCGGCAUCUCGAGCAUCGAACACGGUGCCAUAAUGCCUGGUCCUACGGCUGUGGCUUCGGGUGAUGGAGCUGGGCCCUCGGAACCCUCUGCCCGGCCUAACUAUACUACCAAAACUAUCGCUCAACGGCGGCUGCGCCGGCCGCACUCGGCUCACAGCGAGCAGUUGGCCCGGCUUCCCAGUCCCUUCUUCUCUCUGUGGUCAAAACGACACCAUCAUCAGCAUAUGGACCAUAACGGCAAGCCGCAGCAGCCGUUCGAGUAUCCGGGACAGAGUUUCACGGACACCAAGCCGACGAUACACAAGCGAUUUACCCAUUCCAGAUCUAGCAGCAUUGGGACACGACAAAAUCAGGCCAAUGCGGUUCCACAGAUGACCCGGGAAGAGUUUGAGGCUCUACCAUUGGCAAUACAGCGCAAGUACUUCUCAACACUCGAAAGGCUGCGCUUUGCUCGCGAGUCUUACCUCAUCGACGGUAUCACACGACACUACGACGACAUAUCCAACUACAAACGGCAAAAGGGUCAUAAACAACAAAGCCGCUCGGAGCAGAUUGUCAGCCGUAACGGGCGGGGACCAUUAGGAGGAGAAUCAAGCCUGCCAUCUCCUGUUCUCGAAAUACCACAGGAAUCUAUCGAAAACAUGCGUCAACAAGAGUUAACACGGGAAGAGCAGGUUGCUCUUGCAAGGCGUCUCCGCGCCAGCGUCAUUCUGGAUGCAGCAGACGAGGCUAUUUACAAGAUGAACAGGAGGACCAGUGGUCACCCGACUGUGAAUAGGGAGGGCCUCACGUCGUCACAUUCAUCUCAGCAAACUACUUCGGAGCCCAGAGACGGCGUUCAAAGCCGUGUUGAGCAACCCACCAGCGAAGAACUUCCUCAAUCGUUUUAUGAUAGCUUUCGAUGGCUGGAGGAAGAAGACGAUCUGGACUUGCGUCUUUUCCUAGACGACUACCAUGCCAACCUGAGGGACAGCCUUCCAUCCCCAAAACAAGCGCGACCGUCUUUCCGCAGGCAAAUGUCUGUAUCCAAGCUUCCAUUCGGCCUAUCUUCCAUGCCUACCCCGACAAGCAGACCAGGAAGCCAUAACGCCGUGGUAACUGGGUCGCCAGCACCUACCUCGGCAGGCAGUGUUGCUAACUCAGAAGGACAUACAACCCGGAAGUCGCGCACUCUAUCGCUCAUCACACCAAAGCAAAGCCCACAUGAAUCGGUCUUCGACCCAGCUGCAGCCCAUUACCAAGACCCUGAAGCUCGACUGAAAUUACGCGUUUAUCUGGCCUCUCCUCAAAAGUUCGACGAGGCUAUCGAGUUUGGCUUCCCGUCCAUGGACGCGCAUGGUGCAGGGCCUAUAGUCCGUACCGAGUUUAUGGAAACGCCCCUCGGUCAUGUUCGAAGGAAGGUCCAAUCGACGCAAAAAGGAGAAGAUGCCUGGGCCAUAGGUACUUUCUUGGCUGAUGACGACGACGAGCAUGUUUCUCUCAACAGCGAUCAACCAUCGCUUGCGGAUCCUGAGUCGCCCAAGACACCCCAUGCAUUUGAAAGCAGACCCCAUCCUCAACGCGCUACGUCGAGUGAUCCAACAUUUCUAAGGGACUCAUGCGGCGUGUUUGCGGAGGGAGCUGGAGGAUAUGCUCAGGCGCCCGCAAACUCUCGCGAGAUGACACUGCGCAUGACGCUAACACGUCCCGAUUUGCGGGCGCAUGAGAACGAGAUCUACGGAUGGCAACAAAAGCCUGUGUAUCGAAAUACCCGCAAGUCGAUGUCCUUGGGCGGGUUCGAAAACAAGGGCAUGUUUUACGGGGAACCGAUACUCAAUGAAAGCUUGGAGAACCAAGCAAGCACCACCUCGGAGAAGGGAGUCAUGAAGCGAAUCUGGAAGCGGGUUCGACGGACGUAA